GUUAGUUUGGGGUAACAGAGGAAGCAACUCCUUCACAGAUAAGCAGGCAGUGCAAUAGAGAGACACAUGCUGUUUCAUAAGGAUACGCCUGAUUUCCAGAAAUAACCAUGUUUUUGUGGCUUAAACUCUUAGCAUUUGGUGUUGCAUUUCUGAGACGGGAUGCUUUUGUCAAAGCAGCAGAUGAAAAUCUGGCAAACACCAGCUCUCCCUCCUCUGUGUCACCUCCACCUGCACGCUCCACAUCACUCUCACCUCCAGGCACCACUGAAGCAGGAGAUGAAAAUCUGGCAAACACCAGCUCUCCCUCCCUUAUGUCACCUGCACCUGCACGCUCCACAUCACUCUCACCUCCAGGCACCACUGAAGGAGUUGAGUCAGCAGCGACUACACCUGAUGAUUACAAUUCAACAUCCUUGCACAGCACCAUCUCACCAGUCAGCAUGCCAGCAAACACUGGGAUCAUCCCCACUCACACAAUAGAAGGUCCCAUAGUGACAACUGAAGAAUCUUGUGUUGAUCAUAUGAACUACAGCAUAGGAAAUGGAAAAGACGAGAAUAACAUGGUUGAAGUUAUACUGGGAAAUCUCAGAAAAAACAGAGAAUAUGUUAUUUUGUGGGCUAACAAGAACAUAACUGUGAAUUCCAGCACCAAUAUAAUAAAACUCCAGAGAUGCAUGAGAUACACUGUUAGAGUUAAAAAUUGCACAGAUGUUUAUUUUACUAUUCCGCCUGAGAGCAGCAAGGAUCCUUUCGAAGUUAAGGAUAUAACCGACACAUCUGCAAAGUUAUGUUGGGAAGACUCACUUGCCUGUGCUAAUGUGACUGUUAACUGCAAAGGUGCACUAGACUUUACAGAAUUAAAUGAAUGUAAAGAGCUGAACGCUUUGUCACCCAACAAGGAGUACAAAUGCACUGGUACUGUAUGUUUUUUUGAAAAGGAGGUUGUCAAGCAAACCUUCACCAUAAGAACAGAUUAUGGUGCUCCAGAAGCACCAGAAAACCUUACAGUGGUUUGUGACGCCAGAAAUGUGUCAGUUAGAUGGAAUAAACCUAGUGACAUUUCAAAGGGUCCUAUACAUGGCUAUAGCGUGAAAUGCAAUGAUAACGAGCCAGAAUUUGUCAACACAACUAGCUUUAUUUGCCAUAAAUUAGAACCUUAUAAAGAAGGUUCUGUAUAUGUGACUCCAUAUACAAACAGCAAAUAUAAUAGCAACAUAUUUAUGGGAAAAACUGGAAGGUGUAACUUUACAACAAAAUCAGCAGAACCAGAGCCAGUGUUUGAUGUUACUGCAACGUUGACGGCUGAUAAUGCUGUCCAAAUUAAAUGCAGCAUUAAAAAUGUGUAUGGAGCAAAAAAAGUAUUUGAAUUGACUUGGGAAAAUGAUGGAACAAACGACACCAGAUACAAUAUUUGUGAUUUUAAAAGAGAAAAUCUCUCAUACUUGACAAACUAUACUUUUACGAUCUUAGUGUUUAAUGGAGAACAUAGAGGGCAGCCAGUAAAGAAGAGCAUAAGAACCAGAUAUAAUUCUAAAGCCCUGAUUAUAUUCUUGGCAUUCUUGAUCGUUGUGACAUCAAUUGCUUUACUACUGGUUCUGUACAAAAUCUAUGAUCUUCACAAAAAAAAGCUUAGCAAUUCUUCUGAAGGCGUGAACCUUGUUGCAGUUAAAGAUGAUGACAGGCAACUUCUGAAUAUAGAGCCAAUACCUUCAGAGCAAUUGCUGGACACAUACAAGAGGAAGAUUGCUGAUGAAGGAAGGCUUUUCUUGGAUGAAUUUCAGAGUAUUCCUAGAGUUUUCACUAAAUUUUCAAUAAAGGAGGCCAAAAAACCCCAUAAUCAAAACAAAAACCGUUACAUUGACAUCCUUCCAUAUGAUCAUAACCGUGUUGAGCUCUCAGAGAUCCCAGGAGACCCAGGAUCAGACUAUAUCAAUGCAAGUUAUAUUGAUGGCUUCAAAGAACCAAGAAAAUACAUUGCUGCACAAGGCCCCAAGGAUGAAACCAUGGAUGAUUUCUGGAGAAUGAUCUGGGAACAGAAGGCAACAAUUAUUGUCAUGGUGACUCGCUGUGAGGAAGGAAAGAGGAACAAAUGUGCCCAGUACUGGCCAUCAAUGGAGAAUGGCUCCGCAACAUAUGGGGACAUCAUUGUGAAGAUCAAUGAAAGUAAAACAUGUCCAGACUAUGUCAUUCAGAAACUACACAUCACAAACGGAAGAGAAAAGACAACUGGAAGAGAUGUCACUCAUAUUCAGUUCACAGGCUGGCCAGACCAUGGAGUCCCUGAGGAUCCGCAUCUGCUUCUCAAACUCCGACGCAGAGUUAACGCUCUCAGCAACUUUUUUAGUGGCCCAAUAGUGGUUCAUUGCAGUGCUGGUGUUGGGCGCACCGGGACAUAUAUAGGAAUUGAUGCCAUGCUGGAGGGGCUGGAUGCAGAAGGCAGAGUCGAUGUUUAUGGCUAUGUUGUGAAGCUGCGUCGGCAGCGGUGCCUCAUGGUUCAAGUAGAGUCACAGUACAUCCUUAUCCAUCAAGCACUAGUGGAAUACAAUCAGUAUGGAGAAACAGAGGUCAGUCUCUCAGAACUGCAUUCCUAUCUUAACAAUCUGAAAAGGAAAGAUCCUCCGAGUGAUCCUUCUCUGCUGGAGGCAGAGUUUCAGAGAUUACCUUCCUAUAAGGGGUGGCGGACACAGAACAUUGGGAAUCGUGAGGAAAAUAAAAGCAAAAAUAGGAAUGCCAACAUAAUUCCAUAUGACUUUAACAGAGUGCCGAUCAGGCACGAAGAUGAAUGCAGUAAGGAGGGUGAACGUGAUUCAGAUGAUUCCUCGGAUGAGGAUAGCGACUGUGAGGAAUCAAGCAAAUACAUCAAUGCUUCCUUCAUAGGUGGUUACUGGGGUCCAAAAGCCAUGAUUGCAACACAGGGACCACUGCAGGAAACUCUCUCUGACUUCUGGCAAAUGGUCUUCCAAAGAAAAGUCAAAGUCAUUGUUAUGCUGACAGAGCUGAAAGAAGGAGAUCAGGAACUCUGUGCACAGUACUGGGGAGAAGGAAAACAAAUGUAUGAUGGCAUAGAAGUUCAAAUGACAGAUGUCAACUGUUGUCCUAGCUAUACCAUACGUGCAUUUGAUGUUACACAUCUGAAGACGAAAGAAACACAGAAGGUGUAUCAAUAUCAGUAUCACAAGUGGAGUGGCUUGGAUGUGCCAGAAAACCCCAAAGAUUUAGUCAGCAUGAUUCUCAACCUUAAACAAAAAGUCCCAGCCAGACCAGUCACUGAGGACAACAGAAGUACCCACAGUGUCCCACUUGUCGUCCACUGCCGUGAUGGAUCACAACAGACUGGUGUAUUUUGUGCUUUAAUGACCCUCUUGGAAAGUGCAGAAAAAGAAGAAGUAAUAGAUGUUUUCCAAGUAGUAAAAGCUCUUCGUCGCACCAGGCUGGGAGUGGUCUCCACCUUUGAACAUUACCAAUUUCUGUAUGACACCAUUGACAGCAUCUACCCUGCACAGAAUGGACAAAUAAAGAAGAACAACCAGCAGGAAGAUAAAGUUGAAUUUUGCAGUGAAGUAGAAAAAACAGAUCAGGAAACUGAUUUGAUCACAAUUGAUCUUACCCCAUCAACGCCAGAGGAACAUGAGUUUUCUGAAGUAUGUGAUGAUUUUAAGGCUGCAGAAAGCACUAAGGGAACAGAAAGCUCUACAAAUGGCCCCACAACUGCAGUUCUGACUUAGAAGCUAUACUAGAAAAAAAGUGCUUUUUCAUGUGCUAAAAUCUUAAAAAAAUAAGAAGUAUAAGAUUUCUUCUUCUUCCCACCUGUUUUUUUGAAAAUGUUUACUGUUAUAUCAAUUUUUCAAAGGUAAAAAAUUAAAGGAAUACUUGAAACUUGUAGAGAGUGACAAAGAACUGUAAAAGUUUAAUUUUUGUGUAGAUUUGCAUUUAAUACUUCUUCAGAAACUUUUCCACUAUUUUUAUACAUUCUCUUUUAAAAAUAUGUACAGUGUAAUACUAUGUUGAGCAGUGGGAAGAAAAUUUUUUACUUCUGUAACAAGGAGAAAAGCAACUCAGAACAAGAUUAGUGUGUUGCAAAACCAGGUCUGUCUUCAAAACUAUUAGCAGGUAAAUUAACCUAAUUGGUAAGCAUAUAUUCAAGCAUUUCAGGAGUGCUGACGAAGCACUGCUUUAAUAAUACUCCGUGGAACCUGUGGUACUUUGCCAAACAGUUUUAAGAGCUUAUCAUUUACAUCAUGUGGCAAUUCAAAAGAAUUCAGGUUUACAGAGAAUCUGUAAGUCAUCCUAUACCAAUGUGGAAUAGAAAUUUUUGCAUUUUUCUAACUUGCCUCAAGGUGUCCUUGUUGCUUCACAUAUAUUAUUCUGAGAUUUCAAUGUUAGAGUCAAAGAAGAGUUUGGAGGUUGGCAUUUGAAUGAUUGCAACGAUUCUGAUAGAAAACACAUUCUCUUUACUCUUAGAGCUUAAAAUACUGCUUGCUUGCACUUCUAUUUCUUACGCUUACUGUUAUUUAAGGGGACUGCUUCCACAAAUGCAUCUGACUUGUUUUCAGAAUUGGAAAAUACUUAGAUGCUUUUCCUCCAAACCUUGUAGAUUUUCAUUGGU